AGUAUAUAUUUUUAGUAUCCACUGAGCAACCGCGUGGUUAAAACCAAAACAUUUAAAUAGAAAAGUAGGCUUGCGCAGUGCACUCUAACAAGUUCAAAUAUUUAAAAAUUAAAAUAGUAUCAACAGUGGCGACAAAAGUUACUUUUUUUUUACUUACGUUUGAAUGUUAUCUUUAAUUAUUUUGGUGUUUACCAACAAUAAUCGAUAUGGAUUUCUUACAAAGAAUAGCCAAACGAUUCAAACAGGAAAACAGAUUUUUAAAUCGACCUAAAGAUAUUUUAGAAAGCGAACUAGAAUACAAAGAACGAUGGAUUUCCAUUUAUAUAAUUUACUUCACGAUGUUCCUGAUCUCUUUAGGAUUUAGCAUAAUUAUAACCGGUGUUUGGCCGUAUUUGGAUAAACUAGAUCCAACGGCCGGAAAAGAGUUCAUGGGUUUUAUAGUCGCUGCCAACCCCUUAGGCCAAAUGCUGUUUUCGCCGUUAGUUGGAUGGUGGGCGAAUAAAUUAGGCUCGAUUCGGGUGCCCGUGCUAGCAUCUUUAACGGUAUUCAUAGUAUCCAGCGCAAUGUACUCAUCGCUGGAGUUGGUGGAAGAACAUCGAAAAUAUUGGAUGUUAAUUAGUCGGUUCUUUGUUGGUGUUAGUUCGGCAAAUAUCGCGGCCUGCCGAUCUUAUUUAUCAGCAGCUACUCGACUGUCAGAAAGGACCCAAGCAGUAUCAAUGAUUUCAUUGGCCCAAGUACUCGGAUUUGUAAUUGGACCUGCAAUUCAGUCUGCCGUGGUCCCUUUAGGGGAUAAAGGAGUGUGGCUUAUACCUGGAAAAUUAAAGUUAAACAUGUAUACGGCGGCGGGAUGGAUUAGUGUAUUUUUAUCCAUUUUUAACUUUGUCUGUUUUCUUCCAUUCAUUUUUAAAGAACAUAAGAUUGCCAUACGUGAAGCCAUGCAUAAACAUGGAAAGAAUGAUGAAAAGUCAAUAUGGAAGGGACAUAAAGUGGAUUAUUUAGCGGCUUGGACGCUUUUGGUCGCGUUUUUUGGACUCGGAUUUAACUUCAUGCUAUUGGAAACGCUAGCAACUCCUCUAACUAUGGAUCAAUUCGCGUGGUCAAAAGCUGACGCAUUGUAUUAUAUGGGAAUUUUGAUGUCGGUUGGGGCUGUAAUUGCAUGCGCUUCAUUUAUUGCCAUCGAUCCACUUUGCAAACAAUUUACGGAAGCGAGAGUUAUGUUAUGGGUAGGCGUUCUGUUUAUGGCGUUAGGACGAGUUCUAUAUAUUCCAUGGGGAAGUACGACUCCACAAAUGUAUAAUGAUUCGAUCAUACUAGGUAACGCUUCAUGUGUGGUAUAUAAUCCCACAGAUGUUGGCAAUAUUUCUACUUACAACGAAAGUUUAUACGAAGACAAUUUGGAAUUUACUAAUAUUAAUCAGACAUGCUACAAUGCAACAGAGAUGUUGGGAUGUCCCUCUAGUCAAGAAUGGUGUUCCUACACACCAGUAUUGACAAUAGCUCAAUUUUUACUGGGAUACGUUUUAACCGCACUAGGAUAUCCUGUCGGAGUGACAUUAAUUCAAUCAAUUUUUUCCAAAGUGUUGGGACCACGGCCACAGGGAGUUUGGAUGGGUUUAAUGACUGGCUCUGGAUGUUUAUCUAGAGUUCUUGGACCAGUUUUUGUCACUUAUAUUUAUACGGAAUUUGGAACUAUUUGGACGUUUAGUAUGACCACAGUAAUGAUGGUCAUCUUGAUGAUAUGGCUUUAUUGGUGCUUGAAAAGACUAAUUCCUUUUGAAGAAACAAUAGAUUUGAACAAUCAAGCAGAUGAGCUUCAAGAAUUUGCCGCGCUCUCAUCUGUUGCACUGGAAGAAUCAAAGAGCUAGCCUACCUAUUGAUAGAUAUUGUAAAAAAACGCCGUUAGCAUUACUGGUACACUAUUUUAAUUUAAGAAUUGUGAUAUUAACUUCUUUUAUGGCAAACUAUACCCACAUAUGUUAGACUGAUUUCUCAUUGAUGAUUGAACUGCGUUCAACCAUUGAAUAAAUGAUUCAAUGGUUUAAGUAAGGAUUUAGCUAAAUGUCAUCUAUACAAUUUUGAGGUCAAAUACCUAACGUUAAA